CAUGCAAAGCUAGAGGUGCUCUUGGAAUUCAGUCUUCGCUCAUCAUUUUGUGCCUUCAAGCUACAGUUGAUCGAUCCUCACCGCUCUAGCUAUACACAACUUUGCAGCAAAUCUUUCAUAUUUUUCUAUGCUGCCUCUCUCAGGGAAAAAGAAUGGCAUCGCUUACCCCAGGAGUUCUUCUAAAGCUUCUUCAGAGCAUAAAUUCGAAUGUAAAGGUUCGUGGAGAAUAUAGAUCCGUUCUUCUACAAGUGAUCAGCAUUGUGCCUGCUUUAACGGGUUCUGACUUGUGGCCUAACCAAGGCUUCUUCAUAAAGGUCUCUGACUCCUCUCACUCAACAUAUGUCUCACUAUCAAAGGAAGACAAUGAGCUCAUCUUGAACAACAAGCUGCAACUCGGCCAGUUUUUCUAUGUUGAUAGGGUGGAGGCCGGAACACCGGUUCCUCUUCUUGUCGGGGCAAGACCGGUCCCAGGACGCCACCCUUUUGUCGGGAAUCCAAAGGAUUUGAUGCACAUGUUGGAGCCGUUGGAGGGUCCUGUCCAAUCUGAUAAUGAAGGAACAAAUGGUGCGAAGGUGAGGCAGUUUUUGGAGGUGGAGGAAAGCCCAAGGCAGAAAAUUGUUAUCAAAGAGGAAAAGGCAAAUGUUGCGUCAAGGUACAUGCAGGGUGUUCUGACACCGAGUAAUGCUAAAGCAAGUGCAGCAGAAUCCAAUGGAGGUGGGAAGAGUAACGAGAAUGGCAUUGUUGUUGGGGGAAGUAAGAAGGUUGGAGUAGUGAAAGGAAAGCAGCCUGCAGAGCUGAAAGGACAGACACGCUCAAUGACUCCUUCCCGAAAUCGAGCUGAUGCACUUUCAUCGAAGCCAGAGUUUUCUGCAUCUGACAACAAGGAGACUGCAGUUCCUUCUAAGAGUACUCCUGCAAAACGCACUUCAAGUAAACAGGAAAACAUGAACUUGAAUUGUUUGUCAAACAAUAAAGAUAAAAACCAAUCGCCUGAGACAGCUUCAUGGGCAUCUCUGCCUGCUAAUCUUUUGAAGCCAGGGAAGGGAAUGCUUAGAAGGAGAGAUUCAGCCUCUUUGGUUGCAGUAGAAGCUCAGAAGCAGGCAGCCACAGCUGCAACUCUGGUCAAGUGCCUCAGUAUGUUUUCUGAUCUUUGCUCCUAUGCCUCACCGGAGAACCCCCACCUAUAUCUCACGAAGUUCUUCACACUCUACCAGCUCAUUGAACAACCAAACAUAGCAACUACAUUAAAGGAUAAAUCACUUCGGCUAUCGAAUCACCCAUCUGCUCCAGACACAGACAAAAGUAGCAAAAGGGCUGGUUCUAUUCAUAGCAAAAGUAUGUUAAAGUCUCCAAAGCCCCCUAUAGAGUUAAGUGUGCCUGAGAAACUAGAGUGGGCUAAAUGGGAUGGUGCCAAAGAGAUCAAAGAACUGAGAGAGGUUCUCUUAAAUGAAACAAGAUCUUGGUUUUUGAAGUUCUUGGAAGGAGCAUUGGAUGUUGGGUUUCCUGUAGCUACCCAGGAGAAGAAAAGUAAGGACAGUGCAGGGCGACGAAUGGAGCCAGGCAACCAUAUUGCUGUGACAUUGUCGCAGCUUAAGCAUGCAAAUGAGUGGUUGGAUAAACUGAGAAGCAAAUUGAGCACAGAGAAUGAUGGCUCAGUGGAAAUUGUGGAGAGGUUGAAGAAGAAAGUUUAUACUUGUUUACUUGUUCAUGUGGAGUCUGCUGCAUCAGCUCUAGAGAAUCGAUCUGAUCAUCGUGGUUGAUUCAGCUAAAAAAUAUGGUUUUAUGAAUAACUUAUGGUUAAGGUGAUAUGAAUAUAUUGCUAACUAUCUGUCAUUUGAGCCAAACAAUGUUAUUGAAGUUUUGGCCAAAUAUAUUUAUAUUACAAACUAUUUGAGACAAGUUGUCUAUAUGAAUGAUAAGGCCA